AUGAUGAGAGUAGGGAGAAGGAUGAUGAGAGUAGGGAGAAGGGUGAUGAGAGUAGGGAGAAGGGUGAUGAGAGUUGGGAGAAGGGAGAAGGGUGAUGAGAAUAGGGAGAAGGGUGAUGAGAGUAGGGAGAAGGGUGAUGAGAGUAGAGAGAAGGGUGAUGAGAGUAGGGAGAAGGGUGAUGAGAGUAGGGAGAAGGGUGAUGAGAGUAGAGAGAAGGGUGAUGAGAGUAGGGAGAAGGGUGAUGAGAGUAGGGAGAAGGGUGAUGAGAGUAGGGAGAAGGGUGAUGAGAGUAGGGAGAAGGGUGAUGAGAGUAGGGAGAAGGGUGAUGAGAAUAGGGAGAAGGGUGAUGAGAGUAGGGAGAAGGGUAAUGAGAGUAGGGAGAAGGGUGAUGAGAGUAGGGAGAAGGUUGAUGAGAGUAGGGAGAAGGGUGAUGAGAGUAGGGAGAAGGGUGAUGAGACUAGGGAGAAGGGUGAUGAGAGUACAGAGAAGGGUGAUGAGAGUAGGGAGAAGGGUGAUGAGAGUAGGGAGAAGGGUGACAAGAGUAGGGAAAAGGGUUUUGAGAGUAGAGAGAAGGGUGAUGAGAGUAGGGAGAAGGGUGAUGAGAGUAGGGAGAAGGGUGAUGAGAGUAGGGAGGAGGGUGAUGAGAGGAGGAAGAAGGGUGAUGAGAGUAGGGAGAAGGGUGAUGAGAGUAGGGAGAAGGGUGAUGAGAGUAGAGAGAAGGGUGAUGAGAGUAGGGAGAAGUGUGAUGAGACCGGGGCGCUCGUUCCGAACGUUUUUCUUCCGCCGGGUCAUGUGGCUGCACUUGUCUCGGCCUAUUUCCAAGCCAGCAAGGGCGUGGGAGGGUUGCGAACAUCAUCGGUCAUCGGCGCUCACGACUGA